AAAGGAAGCUCGACCCCGUGUGCCCACCCCAAUUCCCGCUUCUGUGCCCCGGCGGCUCAGUGUCCCAUCAUUGACCCCCGGUGGGAGAGUGAGGAGGGCGUUCCCAUCGACGCCAUCAUCUUCGGUGGCAGGAGGCCGGAAGGAGUCCCUCUGGUGUACGAGUCCUUCAAUUGGCAACACGGAGUCUUUGUUGGAGCCUCCAUGAGGUCUGAAGCCACGGCAGCUGCUGAGCAUAAAGGCAAGGAGAUCAUGCACGACCCCUUCGCCAUGCGGCCGUUCUUCGGUUACAACUUUGGCGACUACCUCGCUCACUGGCUGAGCAUGCAGAGCCGUAAGGCCCCCACACACCUGCCCAAGAUCUUCCACGUCAACUGGUUCAGAAAGGACCCGGCGACCGGCGCCUUCCUCUGGCCCGGCUUCGGCGAGAACGCCCGCGCGCUGGAGUGGAUCUUCAAGCGCUGCAGCCGGGAGAGGGAGGACGAGGCGGCCAAGAGGAGCAUCAUCGGCUGGCUGCCAGAAGAUGGCGCCAUCGACACUAAAGGUCUGAGCGGCAACGUGGAUAUGUGUGCCCUGUUCGACGUGCCCAAGUCUUUCUGGCAGAGGGAGACGAAGGAGUUGAGAGCCUACUUCACCCAGCAGGUUGGAGCUGAUCUGCCAGCUCAGGUGGAGGCUGAGCUGAAGGCACUGGAGGACCGAGUGCACAAUUAAAACGCUACGGACAGGAAGUUCAACCAGAAACAGGGCGGUAGUCACUGAUGACUCGGGAUUCAGAUCAUUAGGGUGCACUUAAGAGUCACUGGCUGGGUUUACACACACAGAGAACUUAGUUCUAUCCCCACAGAUUGGGUUUCAUCCAUGAAAUGUAGGUAUAAAAUAGUACUCGCUGCUCAGUCAAAGAUGGUUUAUGCGUUUUGUUUUUUUCAAUAAUAAAUUAAAAAAACUACGCCUCAAAAAGACCAAUAGCCAGGCCAGUAGUUAAAUUUCUCUGUGUGUGAAAACACAACCAGUGACUCUCGUGUUUCUCUUUGGAAUAAAAAUGCCAGAGAUAAAAAUCUAAUAAUCUACAAUGCAACAACUUUGGAAAAGACUUCCCACUAAUAACACUGGUGAGAGAGACUGGUGGUAGGAGGGAGGUUUGUCUCAACAUGAAGGUUAGAUUUUUUGACGUUGUCAAACUCCUCAUAUAGAGAAGCUAAUCACUACCUCCAUUCACUCACAAGACCUGGCAUUGUACUAAAACACAAUCAACACGGCCUUGUGGUGCCUUUUGAGACGUUUAACAAUACAACGUCCAGGUUGCUAAGGUUUUCAGGCUGAAGCCCAAACAUCUGUUUUUUUACAAAUUUCGGACAAAAAAAGUUACUCAUAUUUUUUUUAAGUGAGUUAUAGCACCAGAUCUUUUAAUACACUAUUGACUUGAGUCUCAGGAACUGCCCUUUCUAUUUUCAAUUAAGCUUUAUAUUCAAAUCCAUUUAUAUCAGAACACCAUUAAGUACUCGAAACACCGUUUUCCACUGGCGUUACUAUGCAUAAUUCAUUUUGCUGCUUAUGUAAUGUUUGUGAUUAAGUUGUGUGAUUUUCAGGUGGUGUUUACACGCAAUAUGUGAAAUGUUGGACCAAUAAAUGCAACUGAGAUUAAUAGGUAA